GUGACGGCCGCGGUCCCCGGGGGUGGCUGAGUGAGAGGGGCCGGGCCGCCAGGUUUGCGGGACCCCAGGGCAAACGCGACCGCGGGCGGGGCAUCGGCGACGCAGUGCAGGGACCGCGAAGCUCGGCGCGGCGAUGGCGGCGCUCUUGGUGCAGAUAGAGCUGUAACCUGGCUUCCCUCCUGGCUAAUGAGCCUGCCCAUCAUGGCGAGCCCCACUCUGAGCCCCGACUCCUCAUCUCAGGAGGCCCUGUCAGCACCCACCUGCUCCCCAACCUCUGACUCCGAGAACCUCAGCCCAGAUGAGCUAGAGCUGCUGGCCAAGCUUGAAGAGCAGAACCGGCUCCUGGAAGCCGACUCCAAGUCCAUGCGCUCUAUGAAUGGCUCCCGGAGGAACAGCGGCUCCUCACUAGUAUCCAGCUCCUCAGCCUCCUCCAACCUGAGCCACCUGGAGGAGGACACGUGGAUUCUCUGGGGCCGCAUUGCCAACGAGUGGGAGGAGUGGCGACGCAGGAAGGAGAAGCUACUCAAGGAGCUGAUCCGCAAGGGUAUCCCACACCACUUCCGGGCCAUCGUUUGGCAGCUCCUGUGCAGUGCCACAGAUAUGCCUGUCAAAAACCAGUACUCAGAGCUGCUCAAGAUGUCUUCACCAUGUGAAAAGCUGAUCCGCAGGGACAUUGCCCGCACCUAUCCUGAGCAUGAGUUCUUCAAAGGGCAGGAUAGCCUGGGUCAGGAAGUCCUCUUCAAUGUCAUGAAGGCAUACUCCCUGGUUGAUCGGGAGGUGGGCUACUGCCAGGGCAGCGCCUUCAUUGUGGGCUUACUUCUCAUGCAGAUGCCUGAGGAGGAGGCCUUCUGUGUGUUCGUGCGACUGAUGCAGGAGUACCGGCUACGGGAGCUCUUCAAGCCCAGCAUGGCCGAGCUGGGUCUUUGUAUCUACCAGUUUGAAUACAUGCUACAGGAGCAGCUUCCGGACCUGAACACCCACUUCCGCUCACAGAGCUUCCACACAUCCAUGUAUGCAUCAUCCUGGUUCCUCACACUUUUCCUUACCACCUUCCCCCUGCCUGUUGCCACCCGGGUCUUUGACAUCUUUAUGUACGAGGGACUGGAGAUUGUGUUCCGAGUUGGCCUUGCCCUGCUGCAAGUCAACCAGACAGAGCUGAUGCAACUGGACAUGGAGGGCAUGUCUCAGUACUUCCAGAGAGUGAUCCCCCACCAGUUUGACAGCUGCCCGGACAAGCUGGUCCUCAAGGCUUACCAGGUCAAGUACAACCCUAAAAAGAUGAAGAGGCUGGAGAAGGAGUACGCAGCUAUGAAGAGUAAGGAGAUGGAAGAGCAGAUCGAGAUCAAAAGGCUUCGAACAGAGAACCGGCUGCUCAAACAGCGGAUUGAGACCCUGGAGAAGGAGAGCGCGGCCUUGGCUGAUAGGUUAAUCCAGGGGCAGGUGACACGGGCACAGGAGGCUGAGGAGAACUAUGUCAUCAAACGAGAAUUGGCAGUGGUGAGACAACAAUGUAGCUCAACUGCGGAAGACCUUCAGAAGGCACAGAGUACCAUUCGGCAGCUGCAGGAGCAGCAGGAAAACCCUCGCCUCACAGAAGACUUUGUGGCCCACCUGGAGACAGAGCUGGAACAGUCACGGUUACGGGAGACAGAGACUCUGGGGGCCCUUCGAGAAAUGCAGGACAAGGUUCUGGACAUGGAAAAGAGAAACAGCUCGCUGCCAGAUGAGAACAACGUAGCCAGGCUGCAGGAGGAGCUCAAGGCGCUCAAGGUGCGGGAGAGCGAGGCGGUGGCCUCUGCAAGGGAACUGAAGCUGCAGCUGCAGGAGCUCUCAGACACCUGGCAGGCCCAUCUUUCCCGCGGUGGCCGCUGGAAGGAGUCCCCGCGGAAGCUGGUCCUGGGCGAGCUGCAGGACGAGCUCAUGACCGUGCGUUUACGUGAGGCACAAGCUCUGGCGGAUGGCCGCGAAUGGCGGCAGCGUGUGGUAGAACUGGAGACGCAGGACAACAUCCACCGCAACCUGCUGAACCGUGUGGAGGCAGAGCGCGCGGCUCUGCAGGAGAAGUUGCAGUACUUAGCCGCGCAAAACAAAGGACUCCAGACUCAGCUCAGCGAAAGCCGCCGCAAGCAGGCGGAGGCUGAGUGCAAGAGCAAGGAAGAAGUGAUGGCGGUGCGCCUUCGGGAGGCAGACAGCAUGGCCGCGGUGGCAGAGAUGAGGCAACGCAUCGCAGAGCUGGAGAUCCAGAGGGAGGAAGGCCGCAUCCAGGGCCAGCUGAACCACUCGGAUUCAUCGCAGUACAUCCGUGAGCUUAAGGACCAGAUUGAGGAGCUGAAGACCCAGGUCCGGCUGUUGAAAGGUCCACCAACCUUCGAGGACCCACUGGCUUUCGAUGGCCUGAGCCUGACAAGGCACCUGGAUGAGGACUCGCUACCGUCUUCUGAUGAAGAGCUGCUUGGUGUGGGUGUGGGCGUGGGUGCAGCCUUGCAGGACCCACUCUACCCUCUGUCGCCUAGGGACGCACGUUUUUUCAGAAGUCUGGACCGGCCGGCCAAGGACAGCGAAGGUAGCUCAGACAGUGACGCAGAUGAGCUGGCCACGCCUUAUAGCAACCAGGGCCUGGACAACUGA